UGUGUCUGUGGGCUCCGGUGAAGCCAUACGUUACCUGAUUCGGUUCUGUACCCUGUGAUUAAUUCUGUGGCGUGUCGAGCGAUUUCCAUUCUAUGUAUGAAAUGUAAAUUGAAAACAAACUGUGCACUAUUGGAUGUUGUUAGAAUUAGGACGCGUUUGAUCUCUAUUCGCUAUCUGGCUAUGGCUUUUCCAGGUCCACGUGGAACGCCUAUAGGGGGUUUGCCCCUUCUGAGCGCGCCAGGAUUCAUGCCGCGGCCUGUUCUAGGUCUUCAAGUUAUGCCACCAGGGGUGGUUCCUGUAGUUGGAGUCCCCAAUCCUAUGGGUAUGCCACCGAUGCCUCCUCACCCUCCAGAACGAAGACCUCCUCGACCUCAAUUCCCUAAAAACUCAUCAAAGUCAUCGUCCGGGCAACAGCCAGCCGAUGAUAAAAACCAAACGAUCACCGUUUUUGUAGGCAAUAUAACGGAACGUGCAACUGACGGGCUAGUUCGCGCCGUUUUGGCCAAGUGCGGGUUCAUCGCCAAUUGGAAACGCGCACAUGGAGCAAAUAACAUUCUUCAAGCUUUUGGAUUUUGUGAUUACGCGGAACCUGACGCUGCUAUUCGAGCAAUCAGGUUGCUGAAUGGCUUAGAGAUCGGUGAUAAGCAGCUACUGGUCAAAGCUGAAACGAAAACGAAGGACAUGCUGGCAAAGCAUGAGGCCGAACAGCGCGAGCAACGGCAAGAUUAUGACGACUUUUGCAAACAGACUGAUCGGGAAGUUAUGGAGCAAAUUCAGCAGCUGAUGCGGGUGCACGCCUCGGAACUAAAGAGCACACGUGACAAGGAGUCGAAGGAGAGCGAAGCUAGCAAGGAACGUCGGAAGGCUCAUGAAAAGGUAUUAUUGGAUGCAAUGGAGCACAUGAAAAAGUUGGAUGAGGAUAAAAAGAGUCUCAUCACUCGUGAAAUCGACAAAUUCCGCGAUACUCACAUGAACAAGGAAGAGCCAGCACCGAAUAGCACACGUCGAGAUGAAAAGACGCGCAGCAGUAGUAAGCGGUCCCCACGUCGACGAAGCCGGAGUCCACGAAGUGCUCGAUCACCGCGUCGGAGUCCAGACAGUAACCGUGAAAGGGAACGACGCCGGUCAGGUGAACGUGAACGGGAAAGGGAGCGCGACCGGGAACGAGAUCGCGACAGAGAACGGAAAGCUCAACGGACGCCGGUCGAAGACCCCGAUGAAAGGUACCAAAAAGAAUUGCGCGAAAAGGCGAAAGAGCGGGAACGUGAAAUCGCUCGAAUGGAACGGGAGAAGCGACGAGAGGAGAAGAAAAACAACGCAACUAGCGGAGCCAACGAUGACACUGAUGAUGAAGAGGUUUACGAGCGUCGUCGUCACGAAAAACGCUUACGUGAGAAGGAGGCCAAUUAUCAGGAACACCUUAAAAAUUGGGAAGCGCGAGAGAAGCGCCGGGCAAAAGAGUAUGCGAAGGACCGAGAAAAAGAAGAGGAACGUAUCGCUGAAGAGCAGCGUGAGGCAAAGAGGCUGCGCGAGUUCUUUGAAGAUUAUGACGACGAACGAGACGAUGUGAAAUUCUAUUCUGGUUCCUCACUACAACGAAGGGUGCGCGAACGUGCGCGCGAAGCAGAAUGGGAUCAGCGGGAUCGACAGCGUGAACGUGAGGAGUUAGACGAAUUGAAGCGAAGGUUAGCCGAAGAGGGACAUCCCGAUCCCGAGCGUGAGGCUCUUCGGCGGCAGCAACAACAUCAGCAACAAAAUAACUCCACUAAUGUGAUCGUAAUUAGUGAUAGUGCUGAUCAUCCUAUUGGAAAGAUGACUAGCGACGUUGUCCAGCUUCAGGACGACACCAGCAGAGGAAUGGAUGAUACGUCAGCUCAUGGUACCGGUGAAGACGUUGUCGACGGGGAUAAUAGCCCAGCUGUUAGCAGAAAGUUCAGCAAGAACUCGAAUCUGAACUCUCAGGACCCUCUACAGAAGGAAGACGAGCGUCUGGCUAGAGAGCAAAAAGAGGCCAAGGAACGAAGCAAGGAGGAUAAGCGUCGCCAUAUGAAAUUCCUUGUAGAGAAAAUUCCUUCAAAUCGAGAUGAGUUGUUUGCUUAUGCUUUAGACCGCUCACUCGUUGACGAAGCUCUUAUGGUGAAGCGAGUGCGUCCCUGGGUUAAUAAAAAAGUCAUCGAGUAUAUUGGAGACGAGGAAGCAACGUUAGUCGACUUUAUCUGCUCGAAGAUUAUGGCCGGCGCAGACGCAGCUAGUCUGCUAGGAGACGUAUCUGUCGUAUUGGAUGAUGAAGCAGAAAACUUUGUAGUCAAAAUGUGGCGUCUUCUAAUAUACGAAGUUGAAGCGAAAAAAAUGCAACUGAAUACUGACAGCGGACACAACAUGUUAGCGGCGUCAACAUCGACCAAUUGAGCGAUUGUUUUGCGGCGCAUCGGUUUAUUACAGUCUACAUGAUCUACAUACACAAACAUAUACACACAUACAUAGAAGAAAGUGGCCGAACUGUAUUUUUAUAUGCCUAAUGUAUAGUAUUAUCAUCCCGUAUUCGAUUGCGAUAAUGAUAAGGAUCUUCUUUAUGACGUAGAGUGUAAAUAAAGAAAUCGAAGCAUCUAUUGACGAUCGUCGUCUAAUAGUUGCCAGCUCACUUGGAAACAAAU